AAACCAGCAAUCAGGAUGGUGCUUAUUGGGAAAUCUGGAACUGGAAAGAGUGCAGCAGGAAACACCAUAUUAGGGGAAAAGCUUUUUAAAUCUCCACUCUCCCUGUCAUCAGUAACAUCCCCCUGUGAGAAGAAAUACAGAUGUUUUAAUGAUGAGACAUUGGUUUUAAUUGACACUCCAGGGCUGUUUUGUACUUCAAGAUCAAUAAGAGAAACACUGAUAGAGAUUGCAAAAUGCAUCAGCAUGGCUGCUCCUGGACCUCACGUGUUCCUGGUUGUUCUCCAGCUGAAUCGAUUCACAGAAGACGAACAGAAGGCAGUGAAAAUAAUACAGACAUGGUUUGGAAAAGAAGCUUCCAAAUACACUAUGGUUUUAUUCACUCAUGGAGACGUGCUGAAGGAGAUGGGGGGUAUAGAAACAUUGGGGAGUUUAAUUUUAUAUAGUGAAGCUCUGUCUCAGAUUAUUAAACAGUGCCAGGGACGUUACCAUGUUUUUGACAAUAAAGAGAAGAAUCCAGCUCAAGUCAGAGAGCUGCUGGAGAAGAUCAACAAAAUGUUAACAGAAAAUGGAGGAAGCUACUACACCAAUGAAAUGUUCAAAGAGGCAGAGGAAGCCAAUAGAGAAGAAAUGGAAAGACUUCUGAGAGAAGAUCCAGGGAUGGGGCCUGAAUACGCAAGAGAACAAGCUGAGCACUACAACUCAUUCAUUCGGGCCUAUCUAGCAGGAGCUGGUGGUGGAGCUAUUGCUGGAGCUGCUGUUGGUGUGGGGGUUGGAGGGCCAGCAGGAGCUGCAGUAGGAGCUGUAGUAGGAGCUGCAGCUAGUGCUGGUGUAGCUGCAGCAUCUAAAAAGGGUUCUUGCAUUCUCAACAGGCCCCGAGGCCCCCCAGCACACCAGAGGCUCCGGCAGCACCGCACAACUAGGCGUACACCGGUCCAGACCCCAAGCAGCAUACCCCACAGAACCCGAACCACCAAUGCACCGCCGGGGCAGCCGUCUGAGGGCAACACACCCCAGGGACCCCAGACCCCCGGACCAACCCAGUGGCAGCCCAGCUACCAGGCCAGUAACCCACAUCUGUCACCACGGAACUCCCCAAGAGCACCUCAAGAGGUCGCUGUAGGAAACACCGAGGCAUCUCAAGUCCUGCCACGAUGGGGGAAACAGAAUCCAGGGUCAGAUCCAACAGGCACCCCGCUUCAAGCACCCCCCAGAGCCCCAGUACCCAGGGACCCCAGAACCAGCCCCCACGCCCCACAGGACAUGUCCCACAGCCUCUAA